AGAGCGAGGUUUGGCAGUGCCCGGAGCGGGAGGGGAGUGCGAGCGAACCGCAGCCUUCGCCGCCGAGCCGCUGUUAUUUUGUCUGUCUGCUGAAACCGGUCUCAACACUCACCUUACAAUAUGAAAGCCUUCAGCCCGGUGAGGUCUGUGAGGAAAAACGGUCUCUCGGACCAUAACCUGGGCAUCUCGCGGAGCAAAACCCCCGUGGAUGAUCCCAUGAGCCUUCUCUAUAACAUGAACGACUGCUACUCCAAGCUGAAAGAGCUAGUGCCAAGUAUCCCGCAGAACAAGAAAGUGAGCAAGAUGGAAAUCCUCCAGCAUGUCAUCGACUACAUCCUGGACCUGCAGAUAGCCUUGGACUCCCACCCCAGCAUCGUCACCCUCCACCACCAGAGACCGGGGCAAAAUUCUUCCUCCAGAACUCCUCUGACCACCCUAAACACAGACAUCAGCAUCCUAUCCUUACAGGCGUCCGACUUCCCUUCGGAGCUCCUGUCAACCGACAGCAAAGCACUUUGUGGCUGAAUCACACGGUGUUCCACUGAUCAGGUUUUUUUUUCUUUGCACAAGAAAACGUCUACAGGAUGAUUUUUUUUCUUUUCUUUUCUUUUUCUUUUCUUUUUUUUUUUCUUUUUUUAAUUUUUUGAGGAGCUGAACUUAUUUUUCAGCUGUUAUCUGGAGGGGAAAAUCCACAUCUUAACUAAAAAAAAGGACCUUUAAAAAAUAAUAAAAAUUCAAGAUCUUUAUCCCCACCCCGUUCUUCAACUUGGACUGAACCUAGUUAUUUAUGAAGAGACUCUUUAAAUACCCUUUCCCUAGUUGGAAGGCUUCCUUUAUAUACUAUUCCCAACGUGGGGAGCGAAACAAAAUCUCGCAAGGAGUUGCCCGUUUUAAAGCAGACUUUGCCUUUUUUUUCCAAAGGUGGAGCGUGAGUACCAGAAGGAUCCAGUGUUCAGCUUUUUAGAAAAGUCUUGUGGUCAAAAGUUACCUUUUUGACACAAACCUAGGACUGAAUGCUGUGUAUAUAUUUAUAUAUAAAUAUAUAUAUAUAUAUGAGUGAAACUUUGUGAACUCUUUAAUUAGAGUUUUCUUGUAUAGUGGCAGAAAUUCACAUUUCUGCAAAAAGUGUAAUGAUGUACUUAAUCAUGCUAAACUUUUUAUAAAAGUUUAGUUGUAAACUUAACCCUUUUUAUACAAAAUAAAUCAAGUGUGUUUAUUGAACAGAUUGCUUGCUUUAUUCUUUGGGGACCAACUGUUUGGUUUUGAUUUGUGUUGUUUUAUUAUCUUUUUAAGUUCUUAUAAAUUCUGUUAUGACUUAACCAAGUAAAAACUCAAAUAUGUAGAAAAUAUAAAGAAUAAAAUUACAUGAAGUGAAUAA